AUGCCUCUCUACGAAUUCGAGCACGCUAUCCCCCUUCAGGAGCCUGAAAAGCAGGCGAUAGCCCACGGCAUCACAGAGUUCCACGCCAAUACAUUCCAUGCUCCACGCUAUAUUGUGAACUGCCGGUUUAUCGAUGUCUCUCAUGGGCCAUUGUCCGAUACUUUCGUGGGAGGCAAACGCCGCCAAAUCAACCGCCUCUUCGUCACCUUGCGGAGUGGAACCGGUCGGACCGCAGACCAACUGCGUGGCUUGAUGGACAGCGUGAAUGCCGUCUGGGAUGAGAUUGUUGCGGGUGGUGGAUGGGAGAGGCAGCUGAGAAGUGUGUACAUCAAGGGCUGCAUCGAUGCUGCGAAGGAGGGCGGCUUUCACCUUCCACUGCCUGGAUAUUUCGCACAAUGGGUGAAGGACAACACUGUCCAGUUUCAAAGACUGGCCGCAGAGGGUGAUCCAGACAUGGUUCAGCUUGUCGAGGACAUCGAAUCCCGGCCAGAGUUCCAGGAAUAA